AGUCAGCUGUCAAUAAAUUUGUAAUAACAAAACCACAGAAAUUUAACCUAAAAAAGAAAAGUAAAAUUGCCUAAUAUUUCGAAUAGUCAGUUACUAUGUUAACAAGACUCAAGUUCAGAAAAGAUUUAAGGGUAAUCGCACGGUGUUUGUCAGACAAAUCCAAGGAUAAUGAUGGGAAGCCUCAAGUAAUUCAAGAUGCCAAGAAGAAAACCGUAAAAAAUGAUCCGGCUACUGAAAAGAUUCAAGAACUGUUGAAAAGCAUGAUGGCACCUCCAAAAAUAAGUGAAGCUGAGUACAGAGAAAAAUUCGCAACAUCUCCAGAUACUAGGCGAAGUAAACAAGCGGACGAAAUAGAAGUGAAGACUGAAAAAAUAGAGGAGAGCAUCACAAAAGCUGCUAGUGAUGUUGCUCAAGCUAUCGGGGGUGAUGUCAAACAAACAGAAGCAGAACUUCUAUCUCGUGUACUUGGGAAAAUCAAUCAAACUUCUACCACUCUCAGUGACCUUUUAGUUGGGAUGAAGGUAGACAGAACAAUAGAACCUGAUGAAGUCCAAAAAAAACCAGAUACUAGAGAGCAGCAAGUGAAAAGACUUGUAAGCAAAGCAAAGACAACUGAAGCUUCUCCUACUAGAUAUUCACAACGGAAAUCAGCAUAUGUUCCCAAUGACAGGACAAGGCAAGGAAGAGACAGUAACAGAAGUGGUACUCCACAAAUCACAGAAAUUGAUAUAUUUGGGGGUGAGCCACUUGGUAUAUUCAAGACAACAGAACCAAACUAUGGAACAAAACUGGAUGUUUGGGAGAACCUAAAAAAACGAGAGCUAAGUUUAGCAACGGCACAGCCCCCGGCCAAUUAUUUCCAGAAAAUGAUCCUGUGGACCAAUCAGGGUAAAGUUUGGAAAUUCCCCAUUGACAACGAGCAAGGACUGGAAGAGGAACAAAAGAUACAUUUCUCCGAGCACAUAUUUUUGGACACACAUCUAGAAGACUGGUGCCCGAAGAAAGGACCGAUACGCCACUUCAUGGAGCUCGUCUGCGUCGGGCUCUCAAAGAAUCCAUUUUACACCGCCCAGGAAAAAAAAGAACACAUCAUGUGGUACAAAGACUAUUUUGUAACGAAAAAGGAUUUAUUGACCGAAGUAGGAGCUUGGGAUCUACCUAACAGCAACAAAGAGGCGUCGGUCUAAUUAUACAGUAUAGAGGGUAGUUCUGUUAAUAAAAUAAAUAAAUAAAUGUUUAGUUUACUUUAUUGCACCUACAAAAGUACACUUCGUUGUAACAAUGUCACAGAUCUAAAAUUAUUACUAGUAUUACUACAUUAAAACAAUGGACAUUAUAGUCUUAAUUGACUUAUUCAAAUGGAAUUACUUAAAACUUACCGAUUAAAUGAGAGCUUAAAAAUGCGACAUAAAUAUGAUAACCGUAGGAUAAAAAUAAACAAGACAUCAGAAACUACUUAAUAUUAUAAUAAUAUCCAAAACAGAUAUAAAAUAUUUGGAAGUAAAAAACCUUAAGUUCAUUAUGUCGCAUACAACCAUUUUUAAUUAACAUACUAAUAAUAAUAUUUGUGUGAAAAGGUAUACUCUUCGAUCGUUCGAAAAAAAAAAACCAAGGAACUCGUAUUAUCUAAGUACUUAAUUCUUAUAUUAGU